AGAGGUGAGGAGGAGGGAGGGAGGCUGGACGCCGCUCGAUGCUGGGACAUUAAACGCUCGCCGUCGUUUAUAAAUAGAUAAGAGAACUCUCGUAUUCUCCAGCAUCAAUCCAAACAGAACAGACGCUGAUGCUGAUUCCGCUGUAGCAGAAGAUAGUGCGUGUGCGAGCGCGAGUGUGACCUCCUUAAACCUACCGACAGACGAUGUGUGGCAUCUAAUGACGUGGAAAUGUUGAAGAAGCAAGUGUUUUUUGGCCUCCUCCUGGCCUGCGCCUUUGUGUGCAUCUACGGCGAGGAUGAGGUUGUGGAAAAUGAGUAUCAGCCACCGACAGUGCUCGUGGCACUGCUGGUGCGCAACAAGGCUCACAUUCUGCCCAUGUUCCUCAGCUACUUGCAGCAGCAGGACUAUCCCAAGGAACGCAUAGCCUUUUGGCUACGCUGUGAUCACAGCAGCGAUGAGAGCGUUGAGCUGCUGAAGCAGUGGCUGAAGCACUCUGCAGAUCUCUAUCACAGCGUGAACUACGCCUUUGACAGCGAAGGGCCGCGUGGCUAUCAGAACGAGAGCUCCCCUUACGACUGGACAGUGUCGCGUUUCAAGCAUGUGAUUGCCCUGAAAGAGGAGGCGCUCGCUUAUGGCCGCGAUAUUUGGGCUGACUUUGUGUUUUUCCUCGAUGCUGAUGUCUUACUAACAUCGCAGCAGGCACUGCGUAAGCUCACGGCCCUACGCCUGCCCAUUGUGGCACCCAUGUUGCUGUCGGAGAGCUUGUACUCGAACUUCUGGUGUGGCAUGACGGAGGAGUACUACUACCAGCGCACGGACGAGUACAAGGAGAUUUAUCAUAUGAAAAAACAGGGCAGCUUCCCAGUGCCAAUGGUCCACACGGCCGUGCUGGUGGACAUGAACCACAAGGGUGCCCGGAAUCUUACCUUCGAUCGUCAACGUUUGCGGGACGUGCAGCAGAGUCAACAGUUAGAGCCGCUCUAUGACGGCCCCGCGGAUGAUAUCAUUGUGUUUGCCAUGUCUGCCAAUAGCUCAGGAAUUCCCCUGCACGUCUGCAAUGAGCUGACCUUUGGCUACAUCCUGCAGCCGCUUGAGCCAGGGGACACCCUGGAACAGGACCUGCAAAUGCUAUUAAACAUCAGAUCCAGCAUGGUCAGCGAUUUGGGUGCAGUGCCGCCUGUCCUGGACUACUUUCAGCAUCUAAUCACGAAGCCGGAGAAGACGAAGCUGACCCUCGAUCACAUUUUCAUGAUCAAUUUGGAACGUCGCCCGGAGAGGCGUCAAAAGAUGGAGAAUCUGUUUGAGGAAAUCGGACUGCAGGUGGAGCACUUUCCCGCCGUUGAUGGCAAAGAACUGAAUGUGAAGCGUGUGCAUGAGAUGGGAAUACGAUUCCUGCCUGGGUACGAGGAUCCCUACCAUCAUCGUGCCAUGACUAUGGGCGAGAUUGGCUGCUUCCUCAGCCACUACCGCAUCUGGGUGCGAAUGGUGCAGCUCGAACUGAAGGAAGUGCUCAUCCUCGAGGACGACAUACGCUUCGAUCCGUAUUUCCGGGCCAAUGCCGUGCGUGUGCUCAAUCAGGCGAGGAGCGUGGUGGAGUACGAUCUUAUCUACUUUGGACGCAAGCGUCUCAAGGAGGAGAGCGAACCCUGGGUGGCCGAUGCCGAUAGUCUCGUUCAUGCCGGCUAUUCCUACUGGACCCUCGGCUAUGUACUCUCGCUCCAAGGUGCCCUGAAGCUGCUCGCGGCCAAACCACUCGAGAAACUUAUACCCGUUGAUGAGUUCCUGCCGGUUAUGUUCGAUCGCCAUCCCAACAAGACCUGGACCGCUGCCUUUGAGAAGCGUGACCUCAUCGCCUUGAGUGCCGCUCCACUGCUGCUCUAUCCCAUACACUACACUGGAGAAUCUGGCUACAUUUCGGACACAGAGGACUCUCAGCAGAUAAAUGUGCAAGCCACUGAAGGUGUGGCGCGUCUGAAGAGCGAUCGCGAGCAAGUCUUUGAGAAGAAGGGCGACGAGGGUUUGCUCGAGCAGCCGCUAAAACUGGGCGAAAGUUUGCCCAAUGUGCUGCCAGGCAAAAGCCACCAAGAGCUCUAGGAAGCUCUCUAAUGAAUAUUCAAAGAAAAACGCCAAAAACGUGCCUUAAAACGUCUCCACCAACAGAAAAAACUAUUAAGCAACAAAUGAUCAAAAAUUAGUUGUAAGUUUUGUUUAUAAUAGGAAAAAUCACGUAAUCCUAGAUACCAUCGCUCUUCCACAUUGAUGCCCAACACGCACAAGCGAAGGCGGCAAAGAGAACCCCAGAGAAUUGCAAAACACAUAUAAAAAACAUUCCGAGCAAGAGAAUGCAAAGGAAAAGAUAGCACAAACUAUUUGCACAACGUAAAUCUAUAGUAUCUAAUCUGAACAACAGAUUACUAAGCAAAACCAUUGACAUAACUCUUUAAAAGUGUUUUUAUAACCUGACCAUUGACUCGAUUAACUCGAUUUUAUUUCGUACUAUAAAACUUUAAGCGCUUAAAAUGUAAA